UUCGAGAGAGAGAGAGAGAGAGAGAGAGAGAGUGUGAGAGCGAGCGCGAGAGCGAGAGUGAUAAGGAUGCGAAAAGGAGAGAAGGGGAAGAAGAAGGGCGAGAAUGAAGGGAUGCGCCGGAGGAAAGGGUGCAGGGCAUGAGUGAAAGGAUUCCAGCAGCUGCCAGUGCGUCUAGCAUCCCGGGGGCUCGUCUAUGAAUGAUUUAUAGAAAGGGGGCACUUUGAGAUAUGAUGAGCUCUCUUACUGGCUGGCAAUAGUACUAUGAUUUGGUAUGUGGCCACUUUGAUAGCAAGUGUGUUCAGCGCCCGAGGAACGGCCGCUCAAGGUGCCCACGGAGUCAGAGAGGAGCCCCAGUUUGUGACUGCCCGUGCUGGGGACACCGUGGUUCUGGGAUGUGACGUGUCCCACCCGCUCAACGGGCAGCCCUACGUGGUGGAGUGGUUCAAGUUCGGAGUGCCCAUCCCCUUCUUCAUUAACUUCCGAUUCUACCCUCCUCAUGUGGACCCGGAGUACGCCGGAAGAGCUAGCCUGCAUGGGAAGUCAUCUCUGCGGAUUGAGAGGGUACGUUCGGAUGAUCAGGGCUGGUACGAGUGCAAGGUGCUGAUGUUGGAGCAGCAGUACGAUACCUUCCACAAUGGCAGCUGGGUGUACCUUACAGUGAAUGCUCCUCCAACUUUCACCGACACACCACCGCAAUACGUGGAGGCUAAAGAGGGGGGCAGCAUCACUCUCAGCUGCACGGCGUUCGGCAACCCCAAACCCACAGUCAGCUGGAUUCGGGAGGGUGAGCAGUUACAGGACAGCACCAAGUACAAGGUGAGCGAUGGCAGUCUGAAGGUGUUGUCCAUCAGCCGGCAGGACAGAGGAGCAUACACGUGCAGGGCCUACAGCGUGCAGGGAGAGGCCAUCCACACCACACGCCUACUCGUCCAAGGACCUCCAUUUAUCGUCUCCCCUCCAGACAACAUCACCGUGAACAUAUCCCAGGAUGCAUUCUUCACCUGUCAGGCCGAGGCGUAUCCUGGCAACAUGACGUACACCUGGUUCUGGGAGGAAGAUAAUGUCUUCUUCAAGAAUGAUCUGAAGCGCAGAGUGAGCAUUCUGAUCGAUGGCUCCCUCAUCAUUGCCCAGGUGAAGCCCGAGGAUGCUGGGAAAUACACUUGCAGCCCCAGUAAUAGCCUUGGUCGGCCCCCCACUGCAUCAGCAUACCUGACAGUGCAAUACCCUGCCCGUGUGGUGAACAUGCCACCCGUCAUUUAUGUGGCCAUCGGACUGCCGGGGUACAUCCGCUGCCCGGUGGAUGCCAAUCCACCUGUCACUUCAGUGAAGUGGAAAAAAGAUGGUCUGCCUCUCCGGAUAGAGAAGUACCCUGGCUGGAGCCAAAUGGAGGAUGGGAGCAUUCGAGUGGCCGAGGUGACAGAGGACUCUCUUGGCACCUACGCCUGCGUGCCUUACAACGCCCUGGGUACCAUGGGACAGUCCCCUCCCGCCCCCCUGGUGCUAAAGGAUCCACCUAAGUUUCUGGUGGUUCCAGGAGGAGAGUACAGACAGGAGGCAGGAAGAGAGCUAGUCAUCCCCUGUGAGGCAGAAGGAGACCCAUUCCCCAGCAUAACAUGGAGGAAGGUAGGGAAGCCCAGCAGGGGCAAGCACAACGUCCUACCAAGAGGCAGCUUACAGUUCAAAUCUCUCAGCAAGGAGGACCAUGGGGAGUGGGAGUGUGUCGCUUCCAAUGUUGCCACGAGCAUCACUGCCAGCACGCGCCUCCUCGUAAUCGGCACAAGCCCUCACGCCCCCAAAAACAUCCACGUUUCGGUCUCGACGACCUCAGCCAACGUCUCAUGGGAGCCAGGCUACGAUGGCGGCUUCGAGCAGACAUUCUCAGUUUGGUACGGCCAUGUGGUGAAGAGGGAGCAGCUAGGCUCGCAUGACUGGCUCUCCAUGCCUGUGCCAAGCGCGCAGCACUGGCUGCUGGUGCAGGGCCUGGAGUCUGAGACGGCCUACCAGUUCAGCGUCCUGGCGCAAAACAAGCUGGGCACAGGCCCCUUCAGCGAGGUCGUCACUGUGAACACUCUAGUAUUUCCUAUAAGUACCCCCGAACCUCUGGUGCUGCUUACCCCACCACGGUGCCUCACAGCCAACCGGACACAACAGGGAGUCCUGCUAACAUGGAUUCCUCCAGCCAAUCACACGUCGCCGAUCGAUCGUUACAUCAUGGAGUUCCGCCUCGGCGAGAGGUGGGACAUCCUGGAUGAUGCAAUCCCUGCAGGAGAGACAGAGCUGUUGGCCAGAGAUCUGAUUCAGGAGGUAUGGUAUGAGUUCAGAGUUAUGGCAGUCAUGGAGGACCUCAUCAGUGAACCCAGUAAUGUAGUUGGGGUCUCCAGUACAGACUUCUUCCCACCGCCAGACGUGGCAGACGAGGGGCUGGCGCGGCCGGUGGUGGCAGGCAUCGUGGCCACCAUCUGCUUCCUGGCAGCAGCUAUCCUCUUCAGCACACUGGCAGCCUGCUUCGUCAACAAGCAGCGGCGGCGUAAACUCAAGAGGCGACGAGAUCCUCCGCUUUCAAUAACACACUGCAGAAAAAGCGUGGAGACUCCGCCAUCUUCUGGAAAGAUGAGUCCAGAGAGCGUCCGAUCCAUGGGAGCUCCAUCCGAGUCAUCUGAGGAUGGAUUACGAUCAAAGAAAAGUCCUGCCAAGGAGAAGGAGCUUUCCUUAUACAAGAAGACCAAAAGAGCAAUAAUUAGCAAGAAAUAUAGUGUCUCUAAACAUGAAGCUGAGGCUACUACACCUAUUGAGUUAAUCAGUCGUGGGCCAGAUGGUCGCUUCGUCAUGGAUCCCACUGAUAUGGACACACCUGUGAAGCCUAGGCGUAUUGAGGGCUUCCCCUUUGUGGAAGAGUCAGACCUUUAUCCAGAAUUUCGACAGUCUGAUGAAGAGAAUGAUGAUCCCGGCCCCAUGCCUCCUAUGAUGGCUACUCUCAGACCCCAUCAGAUCUCUCCCAUUUCUUCCAGCCAGGAAUCUUACUUGCAGCCCCCAGCCUAUAGCCCCCGCUUCCAGAGGCCAAUUGAAGGUAUGACCAUCAUGGAAAGCAGUCGACUUCAGGCCAUGGGGCAGAUCCGUGGUGCUCCUCAUUUUCGAGCCUUUUCCCAUGGUCAGUUCUACUUGGGCAGCUAUUUGGGCAGUCCUGGAGAACCUGAGCCUCCGCCUCCUUUCUACAUGCCAGACACCAGCCCACUUAGCUCAGUAAUGUCUUCACCCCCUUACCACAUUGAGGGGCCUUUUGGUUAUCCAACCAUACCAGAGGAAAUCAGUGAAGGAGAGAUUCAGCACUAUGCAGUCUCAGGCUGCUCCCUUCCCUUGACACACACAUCAUCCCGUCCUCCGGAUAGCUGGCAACGGCCUGAUUUCUCCUUUGCCACAUUUGAGGGUCCUCACUUCAUAUUCCCACCCCACCACCCUUUGCAAUUUCACCGGGAACCUUCUCUUCCACCACCUCUCAUUCUCCCUCCUAGUGCUCUCCCACCUGCUUCCAUUCAUAUACCCCCCUAUCCUGGUAUUCUUCAGCUGGAGGCCCCAAAGAGUCGGCUAGGCAAAUCUCCCAGCAAAGUGAAGCCUCAGGGCCUUCCAGCCAAGCAUUUACCUAUGCAAGAGGCACAGAGUCUAGGGCAGCUAAGACACACAAGCCACGGUAUGGGUGUGCCGGUAUUGCCUUACCCUGACCCAGCGUCUCACAUUGUUGGUCCUAGCUCAUUUGGAAGCCUGGAUACCCGUUGGUAUGAGUUAACUCCCAGGCUCAGUCCCAGACAGCCCCGUAGGAUGGAACCCAGCAUGGUGGUACUCCAGCCUUCCCGUCUCUCACCUCUUACUCAAAGCCCCAUUAGCUCUCAUGAGGGUUCUCCAGAGAUUGUAGUGCGCCCCAGGCCUCGUCCUAGUAUUGUCCAGCCUUCCAUUCCCCCUGAGAUGUCUGAAAUAACCCUGCAGCCACCUUCUUCUGUUAGCUUUUCAAAAAGAUCCUCACCUUCUUCUUCCCCUGCUCAAGGCCAGGGAAGCCGAAGGGCAAGCCCUAUUUACCGCUCCCACAUGGCCUUUGGCACCUCAGCAACAAGCUAUCCAUCCCAAUCUCCGUCACCCCCCAUGGAAAGCAGCAGCAUUUUUAGACAGAUGCCAACCCAGAGGAGGAGUGAGGAGGAGAUUCUGCCAUCUGCCUCUCCGCCCCAGCUAUCAGCUUCAGGAAAACGUCGAGGUACACCGAGUGGUCCUGCAGGGUCUGAGAGGAUAGAAUCACUGAGAUACCAACGUGUCAAAAAAGUCAAGAAGUUUGCGGUUAACAAUAACAACUCCAAGGCCAGAAAGAAAAUGGGUGUGUCGACUUCUCAGACCCAGCAGCCCCACACCUCUCAGGUCCUCCCACCAGAAGAAGCUCUCUACCUCCGCAAGAAGAAGAGGAAGUUAACCAGACAGGACCCGUAUGCCCGCUUCUCUGCCCUGCUGUACCGCCGUCCGCCGCAAGAUGACCAGAAAGCCAUUCUGGCCAGUAUGGACACAGUGGACCCCGACCACGCCACUUUCCUGUGAGGGCCGAGAGAGCAGGCCACACUAUUCCCAAAGCCCACUGGUUCUGCACUGAGUUUCCCACCACCCCAGCUGUGCACCAUAUCUACACCUCAUCUUCCCAUCCAUGCUUUUCUUUUUGUUCUUCUUUUUUUUUUUUUUUAAAUCUCUCUUUUCACAAAAUAAUGCUGGUUGGUAGUGUUCCAAGGUUUUGCUCCAGUGCAAGAUUACCUCAAACAGAGAACUAGUGUCAUUGGGAUGUUUAUUUCUCUUCCAAAAAGGCAUGUCAGCAUUUAGGCUCAUGCAUGUGGUUUACAGCUCUCAUUACUCCUCACAUUCCUGCACCUGUUUCAUUCUGCCAGUAGUCUUACUCUGUCUCAGCAGAACACAGGGUUCUCAUGUGUAGGCCAGAUAUACCUCAGAGUCACCCGAGACUCAUCAGUGCAACACUGCUGGACAGACAAACAUUCUGUAACUUCCAAACAGUGGAACAUUUGGUGGUGUUUUUUUUAUUUUAUUUUAUUUUAUUUUUAUUUCUUGUUAGGCAUCAUUUGUGUUAAACAUUUUCAAAAGAAAAUUAUAUUUGUUUUAAGGCAGAAUGACUGUUAUACUCAUAAUGGUAUUAUGUAUUAAUAUUCUUAUACCACAGCACUGUUGAAUUCUCUAAUCUGAUUGGUCAGGCGUUGAUUAAUUUUCUAUAACAGCAGCUCUGACAGUAAUUCUGGCAUAAUUAAUGGAUUUUUAAAAAUGCAUGUAAUCGUUGAUAUGGUGACGUUUUCUGUAAGGAGAAGUUUAUGUAACAUUUUGAUAUAGUUUCCAGUGUCUGUGCUUUAUAAUCAUCAGCGGGAAAGAUGGAACUUAAAGUUUUCAGGCUCUGUGCCUUGCAGUUUCUUGGUAGCAUGGCAAGCUGCAUUUCUUUGUCAUAUUAAAUUCAAGUGAGAAAAAAGAGAGCCUGGUGACUGAAUGGCUGUUUCUACCUGUUAUAUUAUAAAGGAUGACAGAAACUAACUUGUUUAGGAUAUUUCACAACAUGAAAUGUAACUAUAAACGGAUAAAACUACAACAUGUUUGCUGUGCUAUAAGAGGAAUAGAACACUUUGGGAUGUGCUAUUAUUGGAAAAUAAUCAACUUUUGUGUGAUAAGAGUUACUCUGCUUUGGGCCAGGACACAUCAUGCCACCCCACUGUGGAUUAUUUUCCUAUAACAGCAUGCUCAGUCAGGUUUUAUUCCUUACAUAAUAUGCAUUGUGUGUGUGUGCAGUGUAGUCUUUAUUUCAUUCAUCUGCUCCACCAUGGAUUUGGAAUGAUCAGUAUUUCCAGUAUUUUUGGGGGACAGUUAAAAAAAAUUUUUUCAAAUCAUUGUUCAUGAUUUUUUCUUUAGCUGAAGACAUCAAUACUGUUAAAUAUUUCGAAUUCAUCCUGAAAAGGGAACAAAACAUUAUCCAGAGAUGCGCACAGGUUACUUUCCACUAUGAUCAAAAGCUGCUAUGGCCAUGUGUGCACAUUUUUCUGGGUUGGUCUUUUCUGUAAAUAAGUCUUUUGCAUUGGAGCAAAAUCUUGGUAAUCACUGUGAUGUAUCGUUUUAAGUUGACACUAACUUAGUCUGGAUUUUGUGAGCUCCUGUUAAAAAAAAAUACAACAACCAUAAAAUAAUAAGCAACAUAAUAAAAAUACUACAGUCUCCUUAAUCAAUAAAAUUCUUAAGUAUAAUGUACUGUGAGAAGGGUAGGAUUUUGUGCCAUAAUUAGACUGUAGUAUUUUUUCAACUGCAACCCCCCCCCCCUCCCCCAAUCCAAAAAAAGACAUUUUUAGGCCUGAGUAGGGCUCUUGAAUGCUUGGCUCUGUUUAGUCGUCUCGUUCUCAUUUUUCUUUCUUUUUUUGUGGAUUAUUUCAAAUGGAAACCUACUGCCUUUGUGGGCCAUUUUUGUAGCCUUUUAUUUUGAGGUUUAUCCUGGCUGAAAAGUAUAAGCAGCACCCCAGCUCCUGUCUCUAUCCUCUGGAAAGACAUUAUGGGAAAUGCCUAUGAGAAGACCAGGCUUUCCCAUGCGGCCAAAGUUUUUUUUAUUGUGUAUCUAUCAUCCAAGGGUGCUUCUUUUCUACUGGUUAAUAUGUAUUCUCACUGUCAGGACAAACAUAUCUGGGCUCAUGUAUGUUCGCUUUGGUGGCCAGUCAUUCAAUGGGGAUGUUGCUGGUGGUGGUCAGCGAUGGUGCUCUACCUGUUUCAAAUCAAUUUGUCCCUGCUAAAAAAGCUCACAAGGGCGUAGGUUGGCUAAAGUUAGCAUCAGUUAUCGUAAUAGGGACUCCAAAUUUAAGCUAAGUUGAUAUUUUGCGAAUUGUUUUGCAAAUUGAUUGUGUUGGUUCACGAUCAAGCCAAUCCCAAAGGCUAAUCAGUACAAUACAGGCGUGUUCAACAGCCUAUUUUGGGUGCUAUCAAACUUUGGGUGUCUUCGGACUGUAAUCACUUGAAAUCGCUUAAUUUCUCUAAGUUGAUCUUCCAGCAGAUGUGGCUGCUGCUUGUCAUUUUAACACCGCAGUAUUUAACGUUUUAGGAUUUCAACAUCAUCCAAGCGUUGGAUCAAACUUUCAAUGUUUGCCUAGGCAUCUUGACGGUCAAUAUCUACUGUCCAUCAAAAUGCUGUUUUUUUGUUGUUUUUUUAGAAUUAAAAAAUUUCCUCAUUCAAACUUGACUUACAUCUGGGUGCUGAAUGUGAUCACCAAUUUGCAUUUAUGAUUUUAGCUACAUUGACAACAGGCUGGGGUGUACCUCAGGCAAGUAAAGGCACUUCCUGUUGGCACGGCUAUGAGGAUUUAGUUUUAUUUUGUCAUGACUGCACUUUCAUAUAAAAAAAAUAUAUAAAAAUGAAAAGAAAACAUAGAGGAAUACCUUUGAUGUAUUCUAUGCUUAUGUGAGACCAGCGCAUUACAAGUGUACCUGUGUAACCAUUUUUUAUUCUUUUAUUUCACCUUGGUUAGGGGACUGAUUGUGAGCUAGUAAUACAUCAUUUGGAGCUUUUAGAUAAACUGCACUGAGCUUCACACUUUUAAUUUGGCUUUGCGAUUCUUUGCGGUUCAGGUCACACCACUUCUUAUGUUCUGUGAAUUUUUUUUCGGUCUUUGCAAUGAACAUUUUCGCGUUUUAAUCUCUGUACCUGUUGUUCCAUUUGUAAUUUAAAUAAAUGUCUGAUUAGAUGACAAUUACCCAUGAAACACAUGACGACACACCUUUAGGUAGAUCCUCACAAUAGGUAGCUCAUUUCGAAGAUGUGCUCCUCAAGUAUUUACAAGACAUUUAACUGGGCAAUUUUUUUUCUGGUAAACUAUGGUGCUUUGUAAAAGAUAUAGAACUAUUUAAUUAACUAAAUACUGUUUCUUUCUUUUUUCAAAAGAGUGAUAUAAAAAAGGAAUAUCCAAAAUGCUAGGAAUGUACUGUAAUAUGUCAAAAUACUGUAUAUAAUAGCAUAUAUUGCACAAUGUAUGAUAAAAUUUGAGUAAUUUUGAAUAAAUUGGACAAUAUAUGCACGCAACUAAAUAUAUUCAUAAAACAUAAUCCCAUUCAUUUUCUAACAAUGUGUUUGUAUAUUAUUUUUCAUGAGGCUUUCGUCACUUUAAAGCAUCCUUAAGCGUUAAAUACAAAACACAAAAGAAAAAGCAUUUCCACUGACCCUGCAUUUGAAGAGUUUGUCAGCUUUUUUUUGUUGGCAGUCAUCUGAAUCAUUAUAAGCAUUCAAGUGGAAAGGCAGGAUUUAUUCUUUUUUUUUUCUGUGAAACUAUUGCCCAAACCUAAACUGAACAGUAUCUUCUGUAGCACCAUCAAGUUGUAUUUCUGCUUGUUGUGUAAUUAGGCUGUGGCAGGGCAACGCAGAUCCUCCAGGAGUUUGUAGGUUCUUGAGAGGUCUAAUAAAUGCUGAAUUAACAUUGGCUCAUAAACAGUGCAAAAGAAGAUUUGUAAUAAAAAAAAAGAAAUAAGGCUUUUAAGAGCAUGAUCGAGUGCACACUUGGGCUCAUUCAGUAGCAUUGUAGCUGUCAUCGCGUGACAAUGACACUGACAAGCUUGACCUUAUAUAACUCAUUGACUUUUUUUAUUGCAUUGCAUUUAUUUUAUAUAGAAUUUCUAUCUGUCCACAGAACAAGCAUUCUAUUACUUUAUUGUGACGAUUUAUUUCAAGAAAAACAUUUUCCAUUCCAAUCCAUAAUUUGCGUUUGCAUAAUAUUGAAUAAAACACCCAUCUUAGUAAAGCUUGAGUCUUUGUUUUAAUUGAACACAAAUCAUUUUCACUUUUUUCUUGUCAUUAUUUUUUUUAAUCCAUGUGUGAUGUCAUGUUCAUAGCUCUAAAAUGUUUUUUUUUUUUUUUUGUGGAAGAUUUGAUUGUUUCAUCUCGGAGAAUAUUUACUCAUUUUAGAUCUGUUUUGUCACUUUUACUGGAUGUAUAUUCAUUUGUCUCAUUUAGGUCUACACUUGGAAAUCCUUGUUCUAAGGAUCACUGAGCUAAUAUCCCCUCUGUAAGGCUUCAUGAAUGAAAUCUACAAGAAUAUAUGCAUAUGGUAAAUGUACAUUUCUCUACCGAGCUUAAAUGUUUAGUGGUGAUUUUUGUUUAUUAUUAUCUUUAUUUUUAUUGACUGAUGCUUAGCUCACUGGACAAGGUCUUGGCACUUUCUCUGUUAUCUUGUAGCAGAUUUAAAAAAAAAAAAAAUGUAUAUAAAUGAUUACAGACAUAUUUAGCAUGAUCUUUCGGUUUUGUUCAAUGCUAUUAUCCAGAGCAGAUUUGUUUCAGAAUGAGUGCACAUGAGAUGAUUUUCCAGAAUGAAGUAGAUUCUUUAUUAAUUACUUUCUUUCUUUUUCAUAUCACCUAUAAGCGAUGAAGAGAUGUUGUGAUGACAGGGAAAAACAUGCCAACAAUACCUGUUAUCAGUCUGCCAUUAGAUCAUUUAACAUAACAACUAGACCAAAAAACAUUGACUUAAUUUGAAAUAAAUACAACAGAUUAGCAAGAUUUUGUUGAACUUCAAAAGAUUUCAAUUCAAAUUUUGGCAUCAGAAAUGUGAUUGGAAAUCGCAAUAUUGUCAUAGGCGACAGCAUUGUGAUCUAAAACUGGGUGUUAUAAUGUGAUCUACAAUUGAAGGCAAAAGCUGAACCUAAU